AUGGCUCUGCACCUACGUUUUCGCCCGCGGUGGAGUGUCAAGUACGUGCUGUGCUCCGCCAUAUCCAUCUACAUCCUCGCCCAUCUCCUCCUCGACAUGCCAUUGCUCUCCUCCAAACUUCCGAACCCGACCGGCUCGUUCAACGUUGGCACCAUCGAUAUCGAAGUCCCGUGCGAGAGCAGACAGACGCCAAAGGUGGUGGAUCAAGAGGGGGAACGAGCGUUUGAGGUUUCUACCGUCUUGUUCUCCCUGUUCUAUCCCACCAACAAAGAUGCUGUCUCCAAGACACACCAUCCAUGGGUACCCAAACCUCUAUCCUUGAAGGGAGAGGGAUACGCACGAUUCGCAAAAGUCAACAACUUUUUGACAAACGGCAUCUUCACGUUCGGUUUGUGGAGUCUGGUUGGAUCUACCGAGAUCCCUGCCAAUGUCGACACCCCGAUCCACGGCACUGUCAAGACAUAUAUCGACUACGAAGCCGAACAUCCUUUGGACGGAGACUAUGGCAGACCCAAGUUCCCCGUCAUCGUCUUCUCGCACGGAAUGGCGGGCUCACGAACGGACUACUCCGCAUACUGCUCGGAACUGGCAUCAAGGGGAAUCGUCGUUGCGGCGAUUGAGCAUAGAGAUGGGUCAGCGCCGGCCUCGGUCAUUAUGAGGGAAAAGAUGAAACCUAGGAGACGAUUUCAUCUGACGCCGGAAAUGUUGAGCCCCCAGCCCGAGACACCGGAAUUCAAGGUCAUGCAGUUGACGAUGCGACAGGCGGAGGUGGAAGAGACGGUACGGGUGUUGAGGAUGCUCAACGACGGGCGGGGCGGAGAAGUAUUCCGCGCGAACACACGCUUGGAGGGGCGAGAUUUGGCAGAGUGGAGGGGACGAUUGGAUACCAACAAGUUCCUCAUCGGUGGGCACAGCUAUGGUGCUACACUGGCUCUGCAGGUAUUAAAGGGCGCUCCUUCUGAGGCGCUGCCAUUUGUCGGGGGCAUCAUGUUCGAUCCGGGGAAGCAGUCUGGUCCGUUGAAUGACGAUGUUGGAGUGCCAGUCGUCGUGGUACACUCACAGUCUUGGUCAGCGAAACACUCCAUCUUUGACCAUAGGCCGCAUUUUUCCGUCGUCAAGGACCUGGUUCGGAAGAUUAUAGAAGAGAGAAAACAAUUCGCUUGGUUCGUAACUGCCAAAGGCACGACACACCCUUCCGUGACCGACGCACCACUCAUCGAGCCAUUUCUACUCUCAUGGACCACGGGCUCAACGAUCAACGCACAUGAGGCAGUCCUCCAAUACGUCAAGAUCACCGAGCAGCUCGUGGACUUUUUGAGAGCUGGCCACAGACAUUCCAUCCUCCGGGAAGAGAUAACACAUCCCGAGUAUGAUGAAAGCGCGAGAGAUUACGAUGCGAGUCUUUCGAAAUACUGGCAGAUACACAUGGCUCCUACUACAGCUUGUCCAGCUCCAGGGCUAUGUGGUUUGGAUGAUGAUUGA